AAGCUACUUGUGUGGAGAACUCAUAAUCGUAGACUUUAUAUGUGAUUGUAUUUGUUAAUGGUUUACAUGCAUUGACUGACAUGAACCCCCGGGCUCGCAUUAUAAAUAGGCGCAAAAUGGUACGAUUCAAACAUAUCAAAAAACUCAAGUAUAACAGAAAGCCUUUAGUCAAAAAAAAAAAAAAACUCAAAGUAUAACAGAAAGAAAACCACAUUAUAACGUCUUCUUUAUUAUUUCAUGAAAAUGUCUGAGGUUAGGAUGUUAGCAUUAUCACCAAUGUUGAUGUUACUUCUCAGCCUUCUAAUGGCGUCCUUCUUCGACACCACAGCUGGACAAAUUGGAGUAUGCUACGGGGAGUAUGGAAAUAACCUACCAAGUAAUUCCGAAGCUGUGGCUAUGUACAAGCAGUACAACAUCCGGCGAAUGCGGAUGUACGGUCCCAACCCUAACGCUCUCGACGCUCUCCGUGGCUCCGGCAUCGAGCUCAUCCUCGACGUUCCCAAUGGCGACUUACAACGUAUCGCAGAUAGCCAAACGGAGGCCAGCACAUGGGUCCGAGACAACGUCCAGAAGUACAACGAUGUCAGUUUCAAGUACAUCUCGGUCGGAAACGAGGUGAUGCCCAGGGGCCCAGGUGGGGCUGGGACGGUUCUCUUCCAGGCUAUGCAAAACAUUGAUAAAGCGCUUUCCGAAGCAGGCCUUAGUAUCCCGGUCUCCACGACUACAUACAUGGGAGCCUUCACGGACACGUAUCCUCCGUCGCGCGGAAGAUUCAGCGAUGAGUAUAGGAACUUUCUCCAACCGGUGAUAGGUUUCUUGGUAAGCAAGCGAUCUCCUCUGCUCGUGAAUAUCUACACUUACUUCGGCUUCAAGAACGGCGACGUCUCUCUAGAGUUCGCUCUGUUCAAACCCAGCAAUAAUGAAUUCAAUAACCCCAACAACCAGCUCCGUUACCAAAACCUCUUCGACGCUAAUCUCGACUCGGUUUACGCGGCACUGGAGAAAUCGGGCGGGGGAUCGUUGGAAGUCGUGGUGUCGGAGAGCGGUUGGCCCACGGAGGGAGGGCCCGGGGCAAGCGUGGGGAAUGCGGAGGCUUAUAUUAACAAUUUGAUACAACAUGUGAAGCGUGGAUCUCCGAGAAGGCCAGGGAAAGCUAUAGAGACUUACAUAUUCGCCAUGUUCGAUGAGAAUGAGAAGCCGAAUGAUGAGACUGAGAGGUACUUUGGGCUGUUUCUUCCUACUACUAGACAGCUUAAAUAUGGUGUUAAUUUCAACUAAUCUCCUUGGAGAGACUUCUUGAAGAAGCAAGGUCUAGUAUCAGCUGGUAUUUGUCUAUUUGAAGGUUUUUUAAGUGUAUUAAAAAUGUGUGAAUUUGUUGUAAUAAUAAGGACUAAUGAGCCUUAACCAUUGUUUUUACUUCAGAUGUACGUUUCAAUAAUAUUAAUGGAAGUUGUUUAAAGCUGUUCAAUAAAUAAUAUAUGAAGUUGUUCGAUCA